UUUUAAGCUUUUAAGGAGUGUCGAAGCUGCGCACCUCUAGCCUGGGAAGAUGAGUGAGCUCGAUCAGUUACGCCAGGAGGCCGAACAACUAAAAAACCAAAUCCGAGAUGCUAGGAAAGCCUGUGCUGACGCUACCUUGGCCCAGAUCACAGCCAACAUUGAUCCUGUGGGUCGUAUACAGAUGCGCACUAGAAGAACACUGCGAGGACACUUGGCCAAAAUUUAUGCAAUGCACUGGGGAACUGAUUCCAGGCUUCUGGUUAGUGCAUCACAAGAUGGAAAACUGAUCAUUUGGGACAGCUACACCACAAACAAGGUUCAUGCCAUCCCUUUGCGUUCGUCUUGGGUCAUGACCUGUGCAUACGCCCCUUCCGGGAACUACGUGGCCUGCGGUGGUCUCGAUAACAUUUGUUCCAUUUACAACUUGAAAACACGUGAAGGCAACGUCCGAGUAAGCCGUGAGCUGGCCGGGCAUACAGGCUAUUUGUCCUGUUGCCGGUUUGUGGAUGAUAAUCAGAUUGUGACCAGCUCUGGAGAUACCACUUGCGCCCUGUGGGACAUAGAAACGGGACAGCAAACCACCACAUUCACCGGCCACACCGGCGAUGUCAUGAGCCUCUCCCUCGCGCCAGAUUCCAAGUGUUUCGUCUCUGGUGCCUGCGAUGCCUCAGCCAAGCUGUGGGAUGUCCGAGAAGGGAUGUGCAGGCAGACCUUCACCGGCCACGAGUCGGACAUCAAUGCCAUUUGUUUCUUCCCCAAUGGCAACGCUUUCGCCACCGGCUCCGACGACGCCACGUGCCGGCUUUUCGAUCUCCGUGCUGACCAAGAGCUCAUGGUUUAUUCCCACGACAACAUCAUCUGUGGCAUCACCUCCGUAGCAUUCUCCAAGAGCGGGCGUCUCCUGCUAGCCGGUUACGACGACUUCAACUGCAACGUGUGGGACACGCUCAAGGCGGACAGAGCAGGCGUCUUAGCUGGCCACGAUAACCGUGUCAGUUGCUUAGGUGUGACCGACGAUGGCAUGGCAGUGGCGACAGGAUCGUGGGAUAGCUUCCUGAAGAUCUGGAACUGAAGCCCGACAGUCCGUGGACUCCCCGCUGAUCAGAAGAAAAAAAAAUUCCCCCAACGGUUGAAAGUUUAAAAUAAUGUAUCCAACUCAAUAUACUAACUUGGAUCCCCUUCUCUGCCUCCCUUCCUCCCUCUCCCUCUCUCUCUCUCUCUCUCUCUCCCUCCCUCCCUCUCCCUCCUUCCUACCCUCCCACCCAAGGGCAAGAUCUUUUCAUGUCUCUCCUUCGCCAAAGCAAAGAGCACAAGUCUCUCCCUCAAAGAGGAAUCACCGCGGUUGUUAAUACCAGUAAUAGCAAAAGAGAUCCAAAUUGUGCAUUCCAUUGGGGACCACAUUUUUGGGGGGUGGGGGGUUGUCUAGAGAAAAAAAACAAACAAAAAACCUUACAAAAGAAAUCACACGCUUGUGUAAGCAUGCCCAGGCAAAACUUUAAAGUGAAGUAAAAUGAUAUGAUAACUAAGUAAGGAAAAAAAACAAAACACCUUGUCGGAAGCAAAGUUAACCUUUUAAAUUUCACUGUAGUUUAAAAAAAAACAAAGAGGCAAAUCAUACUGACUUUAUGGUGGGAAGGCUUCGUUUUAAUCUCAUUUUCGAAACUUAGAAGUCACAUUCGUAGCAAGAUCGGUAUAUUCCCCUCUUUUUUUGUCCCACGUUUCCAUUGCCUUUUUCCCUUUUUUUAUAAAAAGAAAUUGCAAAUUGCUUCUUACGGUCUAAUUUUGAGCCAAGAGAAAGGAGUCCCAACCCAGGCAUUUCUGGGGUUGUUAAAUGCUGUAAAUUUACUCCCUGGAUUUUCUUUUCUUUUUUUCUUUAUUAUUGUUCUUCUUUUUUUUUUAAUUUCUGUCUUAAUGUCACAAAUCGUUGCACAAAUAUUGCAUAUAUAUGAUAAUGUUAAGAAGACAAGCAAGCACACUCUGUACAUGGUAUUGAAUGUUUGAAAAAAAAGCAAAUCUUUUCACUUCUGUGGGUAACAAAUAAUAAUAAUAAUAAUUCCCUCUUUUUUAUUUUUUCCCCAAGCCCAAUCUCGCCCCGUGGGCCAGUUCUUCAUUUCCUAUCUGCUGAGUUUGAUUGACUAACGCCGAAGAUUAUCCCAUAAUUUCUGUAAACAGCCAGAUUUGGUGGAUUUGGGGUUUCGGGAGCAAGGCUAGGGAAAAGUGGGGGGGGGGGGGAAACUCCCCACCAGUUGAACUUUUUGGCUGGGUCUGAAGCAAGAUCCAAAUCUGGUUUUUAUUUUUUAGUGAGAAACGUGAUCUGAGGUUUUUCUAAAUUAAAACGAUCAUGAUAGAAAGGUGCAAAUGGGGGUGGAAAUGUUUGGGAUUUGCCAAUUGUGGGUUGGAUUACUCUUAGAACCGCAUGCUGUAGAAAUGCUGAAGUGCAUAAUAAAACUAAGAUGUCCUUCUCUUUGUGUUUUCUUUCGAGAAAUUAACCUCAUCCUUUUUUUAUUUUAUUUUAUUU